ACAGACUUAGGGAGAAAGAGCACAUUAAAAUAGUUAGAGAAGGAGAUUCAUUCAGUCAUUCAGCGAACACAACGAGAACCCCGGAAAAGGAGCAGAAAUGUCUGCAUCAAGACAGGCUUGAAGAAUAAACAAGAACCCGUCUAAUUGAGCGGAAGUCCAGGGGCCAUGAGCACUCGGUAUUUCCCAGGGCGGACAGUGCUCUUCGAGCGGGAGCACAGCGGAGUGACGUACAGAGUACCAGCACUCCUGUACAUCCCUCAGAGUGCCACACUAUUGGCUUUUGCUGAAGAGAGACUGAGUCCUAAUGAUGCUCAUGCCAACCUGUUGGUCCUGAGAAGGGGAACAUUUUAUCGGAACUAUGUAGAGUGGGAAGACAUGAGAGCGCUAGAGACUGCAACUCUAGACCAGCAUCGGUCCAUGAACCCCUGUCCUGUCUACGACGAAUUCACAGGCACUGUUUUCCUCUUCUUCAUUGCCGUUCUCGGCCGCACCCCGGAAGCUUUUCAGAUCAUCACGGGCCAAAAUGCGGCCCGCCUCUGCUACGUAUAUAGCUCUGACGAGGGUCACAACUGGAGCAGCGUCACUGACCUCACCCAAGAAGUCAUCGGAAGCGCAGUCAAAGACUGGGCCACCUUUGCCCUAGGCCCCGGACACGGAAUUCAGCUGAAAUCAGGACGCCUGCUGGUGCCAGCCUACACCUACCACAUCGACUGUACAGAAUGCUUCGGAACCCUCUGCAGGACCACCCCUCACUCCUUUACCUUUUUCAGUGACGACAACGGCCACAACUGGCGCUUCGGAGAAUUCGUCCCGAACCUGCAAACUGGGGAGUGUCAGUUGGUGUCUGUGAACGAGGAAGAUGGCAGCAACGUCCUUUAUUGCAAUGCCAGGAGCCCUCUGGGGUACCGAGUCCAGGCUCUCAGCACCGACGACGGAGCUGCCUUUCACCCGGGGCAGCUGGUCCGUAAGUUAGUCGAGCCCCCGCGAGGCUGCCAUGGUAGCAUCGUUGGGUUCCCAGCUCCUCUGGCCUGCACCCCUGCCGGCCUCCCUCCCCAGGAAUUCCCAUCUGUCAGGCAGAGAAAACUCCCACUUCUAAGAGAGCUUUUGAGAAGCAAUCCUCCUAGAGAGGGGAUUGAAAAUGUUACCUCCACCUCUGGGACCUGCAAGCCACUGGAGUCCCCUCAUACAAAGAACUCUGAAAACCCUUCUCUUUCCAGGAGCUGUGAGCAUGGUGAUCUUGAAUCUUCCCAACGGUUUUCCCUUGCUAAAGAGCCAAGACUGCCUGGCCCAGAAUCCAUUUCCAAACCGGAGACUUCGUUUCAGACCCCUACCUGGAUGCUGUAUUCCCACCCGACCAGUGCUAGGUCUCGAGUCAAUAUGGGGGUUUAUCUCAGCACCUUUCCGAGAGAUGCCAACAGCUGGACUGAGCCCUGGAUAAUUUACGAAGGCCCCAGUGGUUACUCUGAUCUGGCCUACAUUGGGCCACCAUUUUCAGGGGUCCCAGCUGUUGCCUUUGCCUGUCUCUAUGAAAAUGGGACCAAGUCCUCCUACGAACAAAUCUCCUUCAGCAUAUUCACACUCCAUGAAGUCAUGGAGAACAUACCUGUGGUGCCCAGAUCUCUGAUCUGGAGAGACCGAGAGGGUAGCAAGGGGCGAUCUAGGACUUGUACGACCUCCUGAAUCUUUCAACUCAUCAGAUGAGACCCUGAGUCUUGUUGCGAAAGAUUCAGAGAAUAGAAAUUACUCUAAGUGCAAGUACAGACUUGGGUCUUGAAGGAAUCCUGACUUCCCCUUUCACCGGUGUUCAUGAAUGAAUAUGACCAAGGGAGUUGUGGAAGAUUUCCAAUGUUCUCCAGACCCCAUUUCCAUUCACCCUACUGUGUCUACACAAUAAACAGUCAUGGA